AUGGGUAUCACCGACUUCAUCUCCGCCGCCUGGGACACGUUCUCCACCCCCUCGCCCGAUGCCGAGGAGCCUGCUCAGGCCAACAAGGAAGAGGAAUCCAGCGAUGAGAAGGAAGAGUCAAGCGACGAUGCUGAGGAGGAAGAGGAGGAAGAAGAGGAGGAGGAGACCGUCGACCCCAAAGAGACUCUCGAGGAGGAGUGCAGAAACUCCAAGGAGUGCCACCCGGCCAAGCACCACUACGACGCUUGCGUCGAGCGAGUGACCAGCCAGAUCGAUAACGAUGGCAAGGCAUCAGAGGAUUGCGUUGAAGAGUUCUUCCAUCUCGCUCACUGCGCAACCGCCUGCGCAGCGCCUAAGCUUUUCUCGCAGCUCAAGUAAAGCCUCUAAAUCCCAAAAACCCUCAACAAUCGCGAUCCAGGUCCGAAGAUCCGAAAUCACCCGACUUUCUCUUAGGAAGGUACACUCUGAGAGAACAUCUAUAGAAGGAUGGUGUGAAUCUGGUGCCGUUGAUAUGAAGCAUAACAGCAUCUUCAAAUGCAACGAAUUAGGUCAGAUGUAAAUACCGAAAGUCAUGUUUAGAAUAUAGUGUACUAUUACACCAUUCCCUACCCAAUCCAUGUGGUCAUCCAUCGUUUUCCUCACGAAUCUUGACCGCGCAUAACAGUAAGAUUUAUGAACCUCAGUAGUCAUGUCUCAUCGUAUGUACGACUAGAUUU